AGUGUGCGUGAGAGAGAGAGAGGUGUGGUGUGGUGUGGUGUGGGGGUGAUGGAGGCGGAGGAGGCGUCGGCGAAAAGGGCGAGGGCGAGCGAGGACGGAGAGGGCGCGGCGCCCAUGGCAGUGGAGGACGGAAAGGAGGCGGCGGCGGCGGCGGGGGACGGCAUCUCCGCCGUGAUCCCGGGCUGGUUCUCCGAGAUCAGCCCCAUGUGGCCAGGAGAAGCUCACUCCUUAAAGGUAGAGAAGGUAUUGUUUCAGGGGAAGUCGGACUACCAAAAUGUAUUGGUUUUUCAGUCAUCUACCUAUGGGAAAGUUCUUGUCUUGGAUGGAGUCAUUCAAGUGACAGAAAGGGAUGAGUGUGCUUACCAAGAAAUGAUCACACAUCUUUCACUUUGCUCUAUCCCUGAUCCUAAAAAGAUUUUGGUUAUUGGAGGUGGUGAUGGUGGUGUUCUACGUGAAGUAUCACGCUAUUCUUCAGUGGAACAAAUUGACAUAUGUGAAAUUGAUAAGAUGGUUGUUGAUGUUUCUAAACAAUUUUUCCCUCACUUGGCUAUUGGAUUUGAAGAUCCCCGUGUGAAUCUACAUAUUGGAGAUGGAGUGGCAUUCAUGAAGAGCCUUCCUGAAGGCACUUAUGAUGCAGUUAUCGUGGAUUCCUCUGAUCCCAUCGGUCCUGCUCAAGAACUGUUUGAGAAGCCUUUUUUCGAAUCAGUGGCAAGAGCGCUCCGUCCAGGGGGUGUUGUGUGCACCCAAGCAGAGAGCAUAUGGUUGCAUAUGCACAUCAUCGAAGAUAUUGUUUCUGUGUGCCGCCAAGUCUUCAAGGGCUCAGUAAAUUAUGCAUGGACAACCGUGCCUACUUACCCAAGUGGGGUUAUUGGUUUCAUGCUUUGCUCCACUGAAGGGCCGUCAGUCGACUUUCAGCAUCCAGUCUACAAGAUAGAAGAGAAUGACGAAUCCAACAAAUCAAAAGGACCCCUCAAAUUCUACAAUUCAGAGAUCCAUUCUGCUGCAUUUUGUCUGCCCUCUUUCGCCAAGAGGGUCAUCGAAUCGAAGACCGACUAAGGCAUCUAUGAUGCUACUGGCUUUGUCCAUGCAGAUCAUCAGGGAGAGUUGUAGGGUGGAGGAUUUAUUUAUUGUCUCCUUUCAAGUAGACUGUUUGAGAUUACAUUUUUUUUUUUUUUAUCUAUUAUGCUUAUGCGACGCCAGUGUGCGGUUCGCUGACACAUGUUCUACAGUGAUUUCCACCUGAGAGGUCUCUGCUCUCUAAUGGCAGAAAAUUUUCAUGUAGACCAUUUGGCAGAAUUUUGUGUGAUUUUAGCAUUACUGUUUUUCUCAAUAAUUGCUUAUUCUUACCA